AUGAAAGUUUCAGAGGAUCAAGUCGUUGAAGACUGUAGCGGUUAUCAGGAUGAUGAUGAGUCAUUUUUCCAAGACAUUGACCUCCUUCAAAAACAUGGGAUUAACAUGGCAGAUAUUAAAAAGCUGAAGUCAGUGGGUAUCUGCACUGUGAAAGGGAUCCAGAUGACAACACGUAAAGCCCUAUGCAACAUCAAGGGCCUCUCAGAAGCAAAAGUUGAAAAAAUCAAGGAGGCGGCUGGGAAAAUGUUGAAUGUGGGUUUCCAGACUGCUUUUGAGUACAGUGCAAAGAGGAAGCAGGUGUUCCACAUCACGACUGGGAGCCAGGAGUUUGAUAAACUGUUGGGUGGAGGUAUUGAAAGCAUGGCCAUCACAGAGGCCUUUGGAGAGUUUCGCACAGGGAAAACCCAGCUGUCUCACACACUUUGUGUCACUGCUCAACUGCCAGGUGAGGAUGGAUAUUCAGGCGGGAAAAUCAUCUUCAUCGACACAGAGAACACUUUUCGGCCAGACAGACUGAGAGACAUUGCUGACAGGUUCAAUGUGGACCAUGAUGCUGUGCUGGACAACGUACUUUAUGCCCGGGCUUAUACCAGUGAACACCAGAUGGAGCUAUUGGACUUUGUAGCAGCCAAAUUUCAUGAGGAGGGAGGAGUGUUCAAGCUAUUGAUUGUUGACUCCAUCAUGGCUCUGUUUCGAGUGGACUUCUCUGGUCGAGGUGAGCUGGCUGAGCGGCAGCAGAAACUUGCUCAGAUGCUCUCCAGGCUGCAAAAGAUCUCUGAAGAGUACAAUGUGGCAGUGUUUGUCACCAACCAAAUGACAGCUGACCCCGGUGCAGGAAUGACUUUUCAAGCUGAUCCAAAGAAGCCAAUUGGAGGGCACAUCUUGGCACAUGCCUCCACUACACGGAUAAGCCUGAGGAAAGGCCGAGGAGAGAUGAGAAUCGCCAAGAUCUUUGACAGUCCUGAUAUGCCUGAGAAUGAGGCCACUUUCGCCAUCACUGCUGGAGGAGUCACUGAUGCCAAAGAGUGAA